GGCAGAGCAUCUACCUCAAGAUGCUGAUGCACAUGGGUAUGGAUCGCAACUACGUCCACCUCUGCAACGGCCUGCUCAGCUGCUGCAUCCUGUUUCCGAUCGUCGUGUUCUUCGAGGUGCGUCGGUCGACCUACCAAAUGAUUCGCUGGGAUCACGUGUUUAUCAGCGCCUUCCUCCAAUAUCUGAGCUCGAUCUCUUCCUAUUCAGCGAUGUAUCUCUUCUCGUCGCUCUCGUAUUCGAUCGCCAGCACUUUCAAGCGUGUUUCGAUCAUCGUGGCGACCAGCAUCAUCCUUGGAAAUGUUCUGUCGUGGAAAAACAUGCUGGGAAUCGUUGUAGCGACGGCUGGAGCCGUGGGGUAUAAUGUGGUGAAUCGUCGAAGUCGGACGAAGAGGAGGUUGCCGCCGUUGGAAGCAGAUAGGGAUUUAGUGUAUCAAAAGGUGUGGUUUGUUUGUUGA